ACUUGCGGGACUCUGCCCUAAAGGAACUUAAGGGUCAGGCCUCAGACCUGCCAGCCCAGCUCCUGCAGCCCGACCCCGAAUCUUCUGUUGAGAGGAACCCUGAGCCCGACACUAUGGAGAGCAACGGCUGGGAGGACCCCCGGUCUCUGGGUUCCACAUCCACACGGGGGCCAGGUGGGGCCCCUGGGGGGGGCGAGCCGGCCGUGGACGGUGACAGAGGCGCGGGCUCCGUGGAGCACUGCCCCCUCCAUCUGUCAAGCUGCCAUGAAUGUUUGGAGCUUGAGAACAGCACCAUUGAGUCCGUCAGGUUUGCCUCUGCAGAGAACAUUCCAGAUCUCCCAUAUGACUACAGCGGCGGUUUGGAGGGCCUCGACGACGACCUCCGCCCUGAGAGGGACGAGAGGAGGGUCAACGUAACGGGCAAGGCCCCCAACAUCCUCCUGUACGUGGGCUCUGACUCCCGGGAUGGCCUGGACCGGCUCCAGCAGGUCCGAUCGGCGCUGGCCGACUGUGUGGACACGGACUGUUACACGCUGUACCACCUGCCGCCGGAAAGCGCUCUCAGGGACCCGUGGGCGGACAACUGUCUGCUGCUGGUCAUCGCCACCGCAGAGCCUGUGCCCGAGGACCUGUGCCGCAGGUUCACGGCCUAUCUCUCUCAGGGAGGGAAGCUGCUGGCCCUGGCGGCGUCCUUCACGCUGCCUGGCUUCCGGGUGACCAGCAAGACCCCGCUGCGGGACACGGUCCAGACCUUGGUUUUCUGCAAGGCGGACGGGAGCCCGGUGAGGCUCAGCGUCUUGAGCAGCGGCUGCGUUUACGAGGAGGGGCCUGGGGAGCCGCUCGGCCCCGGCAAGCUCCGUGGCCACCUGGACAGUGAGGAUGGGGACAGGCUUCUGGUGCAGGUGCCUUUCGGGACUCACGGAGGAGAAGCUGUUCUUUGCCAGGUGCACUUGGAACUACCUCCCAGCUCUCCGGCAGUGCAAACACAAGAGGAUUUUAACCUGCUCAAAUCAAGCAACUUUAAAAGAUAUGAAGUCCUAAUGGAGAUCCUGACGACGCUGGGUCUAAGCUGCGAUGCAAAGCCAGCUCCUGCCUUAACGCCUCUUUACCUGUUGUCGGCGACGGAGGAAAUCCGGGAUCCUCUUAUGCAGUGGCUGGGGAAACAUGUGGAUCCUGAAGGAGUCAUAACAUCCAGCAAGCUCUCCCUGAAAUUCAUUUCAUCCUACACGUCUGAAAUAGAAAUCACCCCAUCCGCCAUACCUGUGGUGACUGACAUGGAGUCCUUCUCAUCAGAAAACUUCAAUUUCGAGAUCUACCAACAAAACCUGCAGACAAGGAAACUUGGGAAAGUCAUUCUGUUUGCCGAAGUGACGCCCACCACAAUGAGUCUUCUGGACGGGUUGAUGUUUGAGAUGCCGCAGGAAAUGGGUUUAAUAGCCAUUGCAGUCCGCCAGACGCAGGGCAAAGGGCGGGGAAAGAACGCUUGGCUGAGCCCCUUGGGAUGCGCCCUUUCCACCCUGCUGGUCUGCAUCCCGCUGAGAUCCCCGCUGGGACAGAGGAUUCCGUUUGUCCAGCAUCUGAUGUCCCUGGCCGUCGUAGAGGCGGUGAGAACCAUCCCUGGGUACCAGGAUAUCAAUUUGCGAGUGAAGUGGCCCAAUGAUAUUUAUUACAGUGACCUCAUGAAGCUUGGUGGAGUUUUGGUUAACUCAACACUUAUGAGAGAAACAUUUUAUAUACUUAUUGGCUGCGGAUUUAAUGUGACAAACAGCAACCCUACCAUAUGCAUCAACGAUCUCAUCACAGAAUACAAUAAAGAACACGGGGCAGAGCUACAGCCCUUGAGAGCCGACUAUCUCAUCGCCCGAACGGCGACCGUGCUGGAGAAGCUGAUCGACACGUUUCAGGACCAGGGGCCCAAUGGCAUUCUUCCUCUCUACUAUAAAUACUGGGUACACAGCGCUCAGCAAGUCCGCCUGGGAAGCGCCGAGGGACCAAAGGUGUGGAUAGUUGGCCUGGAUGACUCCGGGUUUCUUCUGGUCCACCAGGAAAAUGGUGACGUGGUGACGGUGCAUCCUGACGGCAACUCCUUCGACAUGCUGAGAAACCUCAUUGUCCCCAAACAGCGGUAAUCCCUGCUGGGGACGGACAGACAGACAGACUGAAGGGCAGAAGCGAGGCGGGAGGCUUCCCCUUGGAUUUCUGCCGCCUGGCCUAGCCCGUGGAGCCGGAAGGCUAAAUCAGAGUUGUUGACGAUUUUUUUUCUCCCUCCAGUUAACCUGUUCAUUCUUAAAUUUUGUUCGGGGUAGAGGGUCAAUCACUGGUAAAGACCUGCCAUAGAUGUGAGAUUCGUUCUCCCCUCUUCAAAUUGGAUGUGUUAAUUGGCAAAAAAAAAAAAGUUUUUACAUGGAAACAGCAAUGGAAUAAUUCACAUUUUCCCAGUAGUGCAGAUCUUUGUGCGUGCGCAGUCAAGUCUGACUCUUUGCAACCCCGUGGACUGUAGCCCACCAGGCUCCUCUGUCCAUGGGAUUCUCCAGACUAGGAUACGGGAGUGGGUUGCCGUGCCCUCCUCCAGGGGAUCUUCCCGGCCCAGGGAUUGCCUCUCCUGCAUCUCCUGCAGUGGCAGGUGGGUUCUUUACCACUAGCCACCUGGGAAGCCCAGUGAAGAUCUUUAUCCCUAGACUAUUAAAAAAAAUUUUUUUUAAGGCCCUGGUCAUCGGUGAGUUAGGAGUAUGGUAACACUGUUUACAAGAAUCUGGGGAGGUGUUUCCUAUAGGAAAAUACACUGGUACUUAGUCAUCAUUUUUUGUUUGUUUGUUUAUUUAGUGGAGAAAAGAGAAGGUAGAUUUCUAAGCCUUAUUCUCAGCCUGGUGGUUUGUGGUCCAAUAGCAAUGCCUACAUGGCUACAGAGGCACCCCUAGCUGCUUUGGUUGUGAUGACCUUGUAGAAGGAGUCAGCUAAUUACUUUGACAUUAAUUAAUGAGCUUUCCUAAGUUUAAAUUGACUGAGUAUUCUGCCGUGAUGGGAUCAAGUUCAAGAUCCGUAAAGCAUUGAUUAGGUAAUUGCCUGGACGUGAGGGUGGGCGAUUUGGCUCCAACAGCUGGAGGUGAAGUCUUGCUCUCGUACCACACGCAGAGGAGGAUUUGGAGCUUUAAGCCAGCUUCGGGCUUGCUUUGAAAUAGAGAGCACUCCUGUAGGACUGUGCAGUGCGCACAGUAGAGACGUACAAGGCAUUUCAUUUGUGAGUCACAGUUUUUUGCCCCCUUUUCACAUUGCCAAAAAAGAGUUAUUGCUAUUGUAUACCAUCAGUUAAGAGCAUGUGUGUGUGUGUGUGUGUGAGGUCUUAAAAGAUGUUCAAAAUCUGAUGCCCUAUGAGUCUCCGUGAAAGAACAAAAGAAAGGAAGCCUUUUGAUAUGCAUUUUCUAUUUCCAGAUGUAUUCCAUGCUUUUUUCCAUGUAACUCCUAUCUCCACUGAACUUGAGACUCAUACACAUUACUUUUCAGCCUGAAGAGGCCACUUUUUGCCCGCUUUUCUCUCUUCCUGCCAGUCCCAACUGAAAUUAGUGGAAAGAAAAGCUGAUGAGGCUCUCAGCUUUGAACAGAAGCCCCUUAUUGUGCCCUAGCACUGUCUUUCUCCAGCUUUACCCGGUCAGGCUAACUCCAGAAAGUUUGUGGUUUUCAGUAUAAAAAUCUGUCUACCUUUAGCCAGGCACAGGCAACCCCAUAGAAGGAAAAAAAUAACAUGUUUAGUCAAGUACACUACCCAAUAUGUGUGUUUUGGAAAUGUAACUUGAAAAGAUUUCAGAAGUCAUUUUUUGCAAAUAAGGCUUCAACUAGAAUUAUUUUUCUUAACAAAACACUCUCUCCUAAAUGCCCAAGUCUAAAUAAAAGUUUGAAGUCCACAGCACCCCAAAUUUACCAAAUGGACUCACCCUGGAGAGGGCAUCUGCAAAAUAUCAUGAAGAAGAAAGUUCUCAGGCUAAUGUUGCAAGUUUGACUUCUCAAACUUUGUAAUAUAAGGCACGCCAUCUCUCAGAGCUGCCAUCGUUAACUUUUUGCAUUUCUUUGGGGGGUUAUUUAAUGAAAAACAUGCUAUGAUUUGUUUUAAGCUGAAGUCCUACUCUAGACAGUCUGCUUUAGGGAAAAAAUAAUGUUAUCAUUUAAUUUCCUUUUGGUAAAUUAAAACUAAUGAAGUGUGGCCAUGUCACAGCAGAUGGAGAUGCUCUGGGCGUAUCGCUUUGCCCCUGUGCUCUCAAGACUGCUCUUAUUUCUUACUUGUGCCGACACCCAGUUGUCUUGAGGGAGGCAAAAAGACUUGGAGCAGACGCUGCGUUUUGCAUAAACCUGACUUUGCCUCAGAUGAACCAAAGACUUUUGAAAUUCUGCUUCCUAUAGAACAGCAGAAUAAAGGCAUUUUGCUUACCGCUGUUAGCAUUAGGAAAACUUGCUACACCGCACUCAUCAAUUUGGGUGCAAUUUAUGCACCCAGCGAUCUAGGAUCUCAAGGAGCUUUAGAGUCUUAACGAGAAACUUUGCGUUUUCCUCUUAAUCUUUAAAACACAGCACCUAAACUCAGGAUUGGCAUGUGCUUUGGGGAUAUUUGAAUUGUGCCCUUGUGUAGAGGCUGCGCAUUGAGCAUCUACCAGGUUACGUGAAAGGCAGGAAGGACGUCAACCCCUUGGGGCUGGUAGCAAAUUUCAGAGGAACUCUAGAAUAGGACCCAGCAAUAGCUGGGCUUCCCGUGCCCCCCUCCCCUGCCCCCACAGCAUUCCUUGGCACUGGUCAUCCUGGCAGCAUGUACAGUGCUAGGGCACAUUCGGAAGGAUUUGUGUCCCCCGGGGGCUCUCUGCUACAGCAUGGUGACUGCCUGAUGUGGGAGCAAGUCAUCCAAGGAGGGGGAGGCCACAGGCCCACACGUGGGAUACCACGCACCCCCAACCCUACCCCACCCCACCCCCUCCACACAUGGGGAAGACUACGUGGGCAACCCUCACCCUCGAAUCUGGGAACCAGGAGAGAAGCCAGCCGCAGCCGACCGUUUCAGAAUGCAUAAAGGAGAUGUUUUGGGCUUGCAUUCUGUAGAUCUGUUUGGUCUUAAUGGGCAAAGAAUGGAGAAACCGGUAUUCCUAACUACUAUGCAUAUUUGAAAUAAAGCAUUAAACCUCUGCAUUUUUAGUUUUUCAAAGACUCAUCUCUGAAACGUAAUUACUUUAAACCGAUGCCUAUAAAAAGCAAGCCUACCAAAAUAAACUUUGAGACUUUCUCUGUA